AUGCGUCUCCUGGAAGGUGAUGAUGCCGGCGAGAUCCGCCCGACGAAGGACCUGUCCAGCGACAAGAUUCCGCCAUAUGCGAUUCUUUCACACACAUGGGGCCUGAUGAGGAGGAAGUCAGCUACAAAGAUUUAAAGGACGGCAGAGCCGUAAGCAAACUCGGCUACAACAAGAUCCGGUUUUGCGCAGAUCAAGCUUGGCGUGGCGGGCUGAAAUUCUUCUGAGUAGACACAUGCUGUAUCGAUAAGUCCAACAGCACUGAGCUUCAGGAGGCGAUCAACUCUAUGUUCAGGUGGUAUCGCGAUGCGGCUAAGUGCUAUGUCUAUCUUACAGACGUCUCAACAUACAGGCGAGACGCCGACGGCGAUCCUAGUUGGAAAUGGGCUUUUCAGAAAUGCAAAUGGUUUACUCGAGGAUGGACCCUCCAAGAACUUAUUGCUCCGACAUCAGUCGUAUUCUUUUCAAGGGAGAAGGCGCGUAUUGGAGACAGGAACUCUCUAGAGCGAAUGAUCCACAACGUAACGGGAAUUCCCCUCGAGGCCCUCCGAGGUAGUCCUUUGUCUGAUUUCAGUGUCCAUGACCGGAUGGCAUGGAUGAAGCAACGCAAUACAACACGUGAAGAAGACAUGGCAUACUCGCUUUUCGGUAUCUUCGACGUCCAUCUGCCUCUUAUCUACGGCGAAGGAAAAGAGAAGGCCCUUGAGCGGUUGCGAGAGAAGAUUGGGAAGGAUGACGGCUGUCUGGCCGACCUGCGUGUCACCGACUCUCGCCACGAUAAGAAGCGGAUCGAAGCUGCCAAGGGCGGCCUCCUGAAAGACUCCUACUGUUGGGUUCUCAGCAACGUCCAAUUCCAACAAUGGCGCGACGGUGACGAUCAACGGCUGCUCUGGAUCAAAGGCGACCCCGGCAAAGGCAAGACUAUGUUGCUCUGCGGCAUCAUCGACAAAUUAAAAAAGUCUACACCACCUGGCCUUCUAUCCUUCUUCUUUUGCCAAGCCACCGACCCGCGCAUUAAUAAUGCCACUGCCGUCCUCCGCGGUCUAAUCUACCUUCUUGUCAGCCAACAACCAGCACUCAUCUCACACGUACGACGACCUUAUGAUCAUGCAGGAAAAAAGAUGUUUGAGGGUCCUAACGUAUGGGUUGUCCUGUGUGAGAUCUUUAUUAGCAUUCUACAAGAUCCCGGCUUGAGAAUGACGUAUUUGAUCAUCGACGCGCUUGAUGAAUGCGUGACAGACUUGCCGCAGCUUCUCGAGCUGAUCACCCGGACCUCAUGCACAUCCUCCCCAAUCAAGUGGAUCGUCUCGAGUCGCAAUCGGCCGGAUAUCGAAGAGCAAUUGGAAACAGCCACGCAGAAAGCGAGGUUAAGCCUCGAGCUCAACGCCGAAUCUAUCUCUACUGCUGUCAACGCAUUUAUCCAAAACAGGAUAGAUCAACUGGCACCGAAAACGAAAUACGAUGCCAACAUGAUAGGCAAGAUUCAGGAUUACUUACACUCCCACGCAAAUGGCACGUUUCUGUGGGUGGCGUUGGUCUGCCAGGCGCUCGCGGAUCCGAAGGUUAAGAAGCGGCAUAUAUUAGCAAAGUUACAGACAUUUCCGCGCGGACUAGACUCUUUAUAUGCGCGGACGCUGGAGCAGAUUGGCCAUUCCGAGGAUGCAGAGCUUUGCAAGCAGAUUCUUGCCGUCGCCGCAGCCGUUCGCCGACCUAUCAGCCUUGAUGAACUCGCCUCUCUUAUUGAGUUGCCGGAUGACGUUUCCGAUGAUCUGGAGUCCUUGGAAGAGAUUUUUAAGCUUUGCGGCUCGUUUUUGAUCAUCCGAGAACGAACGGUCUAUUUCGUCCACCAAUCGGCCAAGGACUUUCUCCUCGGCACGGCUUCGGACAAAGCCUCCAACAAAGCUUCUCAAGAAGCUUUCAAGCUGGUUUUCCCUACUGGGAUGGAGGAUGUGAGCUAUAUUAUCCUCUGGAGGUCACUGAAUGUUAUGUCUCAGAAGCUGCGACGAGACAUAUACUGCUUAAAUGCACCGGGAUUCUUGAUUGACAACGUCCGAGUGCCAGACCCGGACCCGCUAGCAACGGUACGAUAUUCAUGCAUCUACUGGAUUGACCAUUUACGUGAUUUGGUCUCUAGCACAAGCUUAAAAUGGGUUCAUCUUCUACAAGAUGAUGGGGAUAUCCACAGAUCCCUUACAACGAAGUAUCUUUACUGGCUUGAAGCUCUUAGUCUACUCCGAGCUUUACCAGAGGGCAUCAAUGCCAUACGACAGUUAGAGAGCUUAUUGGGACAUACCAUUCAAGGGAGGUUGAUAGCUAUCGUCCGGGAUGCAUAUCGAUUUGCGCUGUCCUACAGGGUGAUAAUUGAGAAAGCCCCUCUUCAAGCAUAUACAUCAGCCCUUAUAUUUGCACCGACUGACAGUAUGAUAAAGAAAUUCUUUAAGAAGGAAGAGCCUGGCUGGAUUAGCACAAUAUCAGUUGUAGAAGCGGAAUGGAAUGCCUGCACACAGACGUUAGAGGGCCAUGGCGGCAGCGUCCAGUCGGUCGCGUCUCAGACACGGGUUCACUGUCAACAACAGGUUGUUCUAACAAAGAGCUACUGA